AUGGCCGAGCCCGCCGCGCGCCUCUGCUGCCUGGGCUGGGACUUCAGCACGCAGCAGGUGAAAGUGGUUGCUGUGGAUGCAGCGAUGAAUGUCUUUUAUGAGGACAGUGUGCAUUUUGACAGAGACCUCCCAGAGUUUGGGACUCAGGGUGGGGUUCAUGUUCACCAGGAUGGUCUGACAGUGACUUCUCCAGUCCUGAUGUGGGUCCAGGCUUUGGACAUCAUCUUGGAGAAGAUGAAGGCUUUGGGCUUCGACUUCUCUCGCGUCCUCGCCUUGUCCGGGGCCGGCCAGCAACAUGGCAGUGUAUACUGGAAAGCUGGGGCCCACCAGGUGCUGACAGGUCUGUCCCCAGGCCUCCCGUUACACCAGCAGCUGCAGGCCUGUUUCUCCGUCCGUGACUGCCCGGUGUGGAUGGACUCCAGCACCACAGCCCAGUGCCGCCGGCUGGAGGCCGCCGUGGGUGGGGCCCAGGCUCUCAGCCGCCUCACCGGCUCCCGUGCCUACGAGCGAUUUACUGGAAACCAAAUUGCCAAGAUUUACCAGCAGAACCCCGAGGCCUACGCACUCACAGAGAGAAUUUCCUUGGUCAGCAGUUUUGCCGCUUCCCUGUUCCUGGGGUCCUACUGCCCCAUUGACUACAGUGACGGUUCUGGAAUGAACUUGUUGCAGAUCCAGGACAAAGUCUGGGCCCAGGCUUGCCUCGGUGCCUGUGCACCUCAUUUAGAGGAGAAGCUUGGCCCCCCGGUGCCGUCAUGCUCAGUGGUGGGGCCCGUUUCUUCCUACUACGUCCAGCGCUACGGAUUUCCUCCGGAUUGCAAGGUGGUGGCCUUCACGGGGGACAACCCCGCGUCGCUGGCAGGCAUGAGGCUGGAGGAAGGUGACAUUGCGAUCAGCCUGGGCACCAGUGACACCCUGUUCCUCUGGCUCCAGGAGCCCAUGCCCGCCCUGGAAGGCCACAUCUUCUGCAGCCCAGUCGACCCCCAGCACUACAUGGCGCUGCUGUGCUUUAAGAACGGCUCCCUCAUGAGAGAGAAGAUCCGCGACGAGUCGGCUUCCUGUUCCUGGAGCGAGUUCUCGAAGGCGCUGCGGUCCACGGAGAUGGGGAACGGCGGACACGUGGGCUUUUAUUUUGACGUCAAGGAGAUCACCCCUGAAGUGAUCGGGCGCCACAGGUUCAGCCCGGAAAACCGUGAGGUCCCAGCAUUCCCCAAGGAUGUGGAGAUCCGAGCACUGAUCGAAGGACAGUUCAUGGCCAAGAGGAUUCACGCCGAGAGCCUGGGCUACCGCGUCCUGCCCAAGACCAAGAUUUUGGCCACUGGAGGGGCCUCUCACAACAGAGACAUACUACAAGUGCUCGCGGACGUGUUUGGCGCCCCGGUCUAUGUCAUAGACACCGCCAACUCAGCCUGCGUGGGCUCCGCUUACCGAGCUUUCCACGGCCUUGCAGCUGGGACAGGCGUGCCCUUCUCCGAGGUCGUGAAGUUAGCCCCAAGUCCCCGAUUAGCUGCUACCCCGAGCCCCGGAGCUUCUCAGGUCUACGCUGGCCUCCUGCCACGGUAUGCCAAGCUGGAGCAGAGAAUCCUGUCCCAGCCCCAGGAGCUCCUGGGGUGA